AUGAAGCCUAUCGUGAAGCUCAAACAGAAUUUUGCAUCAUUUGAGGCAGACGCAGGACUCGAGGGAUGGGUUCCACAGCGAGAGGUAUUUUCACCGCUUUGUCCCGGGAACUGCGACGGAAAAGCCCGAGCCCGCGGAGAGCGGCGCUUCCACCAGCUGUCAGCGCUGCAGCUGGAGUCCGUGCGGCGCCGGACCUUCGCCAGCUUCCCGUCGGCGUGCGCGGACCCGGACGCCCUGGCCCGGGACGGCCUCUUCUACGCGGGCGAGAAGGACCACGUGCGGUGCGCGUUUUGCGGCUGCAACUUCGGCGCCUGGACGCCGGGCGACCACGUGCGGACGGAGCACGCCCGGUUCUCCCCCCGGUGCAGCCUCGUGACCGGGCGCCUCACCGGCAACGUCCCCCGGGCGCCGCGACCCCGGCAGGACGACGCCGGGCGACUUUACGCGCUCCUCGACGACUACCACGCCUUCAGGCUCGCCCACGGCCGCCCGCGCACGAGGGGGAGAUAUCAGUCCGACGCCGCGCCCCUGCCCGGCGCCGAGGAGCCGGCGUUCCCCGAGUUCGAGCGGAAGGACACGCGGCGCCGCACGUUCAGCGCCUGGCCGAAGGGCGCGGGCGCCGCGGCCGACUCGCUGGCGGAGGCGGGCUUCGUCUACACAGGCGCAGGGGACUGGGUGCAGUGCUUCCAGUGCGGCGGAGGAAUCCACACCUGGCGCUGCGGAGAUGACCCCUGGGUGGACCACGCCCGCUUCUACCCGCACUGCUCCUUCGUCAGAGAGCACCUGGGGCAGGGAGGCGGGGCGAGCGGGAUGGGGGAGAGUCCCGCCCUCUCGCCCUCGCCCCUCCCCGCGGUUCCCUCUCGUCCGGAGGAACUGAGUCCGGAGGAAGCUGAGCUGCUCCUGCAUCAUCCUAUUGCCCAGCGACUGAUAUCCAAGGGCUUCCGGCAUGGGCUUGUGAAGGAAGCCCUGAAGCAGAAAGUCGAAAAAUCAGGCUUAAUGUGCAGCAGUCUGGACGAAGCUCUCGAACUCAUGUUUGACUUCGAGGACUCCGUCAGUGACUCAUUUCCCGAGAAGUCAACAUAACGACCGGGAUUUUGAGAAGUGAAAGGAGGAAUUGAGAGAUUUAAAUUCGUUUUCAUUUCCAUGUGGAUAACGUAAUACGCUGUUAUGAGUAUUAGACAGAGAUUUUGAAGAAAAUAUAAGAUCUUCGUCUUUGUGAUGGAUGCUGUUAUCACGAAUUUGAUCAUAAUGCUGCAAGAAUAUAAUACUAUCAAAGUCAUAGUGUUAUAAAAAAAAUGAUACAAUAACGUCUGCGACCUUCCAAUGAUUUGUUUUUUUUUUCUGCCUAUACAGCCCUUGCAAUUGUACUUAUGAAUGAUUUGUGUUGGUUUGUAAUUGAUGACGUAAUUGAAUAUUGCACAUAGACCAUUCAAAGGAAUAAUUUUGCAGUAACCCGUCUUCGAUCGAUCUCGACGGCGUGCUUUAAAGAAUGUUUUUUUUUUUUUUUUUUUUUUUUUUUUUUUUUUUUUUUUUUUUCCUGCUUGUGAAAUACAGUGAUUGUUUUUAUAUCAUAUAUUACAUGAACUGGCAUCUUUUUGCACAUGAUUCGGGUCUUUGGAUGAGUCAUCUGAUAGAGUACGAUAAGAAUGUAAUGAUAUGCGCUUCUGUUCAAGAUAACAGAAAAUAUGUGUGCGUUUGAGUGCUUCUUUGUUUGGAUAAGCGCGUGCAUACGUGCAUCCGUGUGUGAGAGAAAAAAUGAGAGGCGGAGAGAGAGAGAGACAGAGACAGAGAGAGAGAGAGAGAGAGAGAGAAUGGAUAUAAUGGAUAUUUUUAGUCACUACCACAUUUUAUAAAAUAGGUUUAUACUACGUUCCUCUUAUAAUUACUGUAUGUUGUAUUUCCUGUCAAAUAGAAAGCAGCUACUAGAAAUAUCUUUUAUUUUGAAUCCGUAAUAAAUAAACAUAAACACAAACCUAUGAUCGACGAAAAAAACGAGAGCGUAUGUGAACGAGGAACCGUAUUCAUUAUGAUUCCUUUUUUGUUGAGGAUAAUUUCGGAUGAAAUAAAUAUUUGGAUGUC